GGUACUAUAAAUGUUGUCACGUUGUUCUUAAUUCAUGUUGUUUGUUGGAAUGCUAAAAUAACUCCGUUAAAGGAACUUCCAAUUUUGGAAUCAGUGACAAAAUACUUAACUCCGUUUUCUUAUAUUUUUUCUUCUUUCAAUAUAGUAUUAAAUAAUUCUACAAGCAACUCAAGUUUGUGUUUGUUCUCAAACUGCAUGCAAAGAAAAGACAAGAAAAAGAACAAAUCUUGGAACCUUUUGUUGAUGAACUUCAAGUUAACUCAUCUUUGUAUCAAAUAAGAGGUGAGAUAAGCUGAUUCUUGUCAAAAUUGAUGGUAUAGUUGAAGAAUUUAAGCAAAAAUGGGUGGAGAUUUUGUGUCAAUGUUUCAGCUAGAAACAAAGAAAUUACUAUGGCUUAUUGGAAUUACUUUUGCAAUGAUCUUAUCUUUUCAGUAUCUUGAGCUUCCAUAUGGCAAUGUUCUAUUCUCUCUAUUCACUUCUAACAAAAUACCAAUAUCUCAAACUAUAGAUACCAACAAAACUAUUGUUAACAAUGUCACAAUUUUCAAUCAAGAAAACUCUACUAAUGAAUUUACCAUUGAGAAAGCUAAUGCAACUAAGGAUAGUGUUUCGAUAACUGGUUUUUUAUUGGAACCAGGAUUUGAUGAGUCUAACAAAAGUUCAAUAGUGGAUGAUAGUGUUAAGAGUUUAGGUAAUGUAAGUAAUGCACAAAAGGUAGAAGAAAAUGUUGUAUCAACAAAUUUAACUCAAGGUUUUGAUUCUACGAAAAAUGUGAGUCCGAAUGUAACAACUGCAGUGUUAUCAAAUGAUGAUAACAAGUCAUCAUUAUCUCAGAAAUCUAUUAGUCCUGUGCCUAAGGAGAAUCAAGAAACUCAUGCAACAAUUCCACAAGUCACAACGGUGUCCGAAAUGAAGAAGUUGUUGCUUCAGAGUCAUGUGUCGUAUCGAUCAAUGAAGCCGAGGUGGUUUUCAGAUGUUGAUCAAGAGUUACUGCAAGCAAGAUCAGAGAUUGAAAAUGCACCAAUUGUAAAGAAUGAUCCGAAACUCUAUGGUCCUAUUUAUCAUAAUGUUUCCAUGUUCAAGAGGAGCUAUGAGUUAAUGGAAGAGAGACUCAAAGUGUAUGUAUACAAAGAAGGAGCUAGACCUAUAUUGCAUUCGCCAUUUCUCACAGGAAUCUAUGCUUCUGAGGGAUGGUUUAUGAAGCUGAUGGAAGCUAAUAAAAGAUUUGUAACAAAAAAUCCAAAGAAGGCUCACCUGUUUUACUUACCUUUCAGUUCUAGGAUGUUAGAGGAAACUUUGUAUGUAAAGGAUUCACACAGUCACAAGAAUCUGAUUCAAUAUCUACAUGAUUAUGUAGACCUGAUUGCGGCGAGAUAUUCUUUCUGGAACAGAACUGGAGGUGCUGAUCAUUUUCUUGUUGGUUGCCAUGAUUGGGCUCCAUCAGAAACAAAGUUGCGCCUAACUAACUGCAUAAGGUCCCUCUGCAACGCCGAUGUGAAAGAAGGAUUUGUCUUCGGUAAAGACGCGUCUCUUCCAGAAACCUACGUCCGAAACGCUCAAAAUCCAACUAGGGAUCUUGGUGGCAAUACAUUUAAAAAGAAGACAGUACUGGCCUUUUUCGCAGGGAGCAUGCAUGGUUAUGUGCGACCAAUUCUAUUAAAGCACUGGGAAAAUAAAGAUCCUGACAUGAAAAUCUUCGGAAAAUUGCCAAAAGCGAAAGGAAACAGUAACUACAUUCACUACAUGAAGAGUAGCAAGUACUGUAUUUGUGCAAGAGGGUAUGAAGUGAAUAGUCCAAGAGUUGUGGAAGCUAUUUUCUAUGAAUGUGUUCCGGUUAUUAUAUCUGAUAAUUUUGUGCCACCUUUUUUCGAGGUUUUGAAUUGGGAAUCCUUUGCUGUUAUUGUAUUGGAGAAGGACAUUCCAAAUUUGAAAAAUAUACUACUUUCAAUUCCAGAAAAGAGAUAUCUAAGAUUGCUUAUGAGGGUAAAAAAGGUACAACAACAUUUCUUGUGGCACAAGAAUCCUGUCAAGUAUGAUUUAUUUCAUAUGAUCCUUCAUUCUAUUUGGUAUAAUAGAGUUUUCUCUGCCACUAGCUAGAUAACUACUUGAAUAUAAGGUCAUUUAUUGUGUAUAUCUUUUGAGUGUUUGGUGUAAAUAAAAUUUCUCUAUAUUUUUCCUGUGUGCAAUAAUUGAUUAUUUGA